CUUGUGCAAUCCCACAGGGCAGUCCACACUGUGACCCUUCGUACUCCCUGAGGACUGCGCUUAGGGAAAAACACACAGGGAUUCCACAGAAAGCAGAGUUUGUCAAAGGAGUUAGCGUCAGUAAGACUGUUGUUUCUCACUGCACAGCUGCUUAUCGAAAUGCGAUUGUCUUUAAUCUUUUUGUUUAUCCAACUGUGGGGGAAUGUGAAAGUUUCUGUAUCACAGAAUGUAUGUUCAAAGCUCCCAGAUGUUCCUCAUGCCCAAGUGUCAGGAGAGACCAAAAAGGCUGAGUACCAACAAGGAAAUGUGAUACAUUUUACUUGUGAAACUGGUUAUGUAUCAGGGCCAACCAUCAGAUAUGUCUGUACAAAUACAGGCUGGAUGGCAGUCCACCAGGGAAGGUGCUACUUGAAGCCAUGUGAACUUCCUGAUGACACUCCCAAUGGCUAUUAUCAAAUUAUCAACGGUGAAGACUUUGUUUUUGGAUCAACCAUCAAAUACUUCUGCAAUGAAGGGUAUCAAAUGGUGAGUAAGGACGACACCAGGACUUGUUUGCUGAACAAAUGGACCAAUCACGUGCCAAUAUGUGAUCGUAAGUCUUAAGCCUAGUCCACACUACACGAUUUUUAGCCCGAUUUGCCACUCAGCGAGCUCGGCGACCGUCAGGCUGUGGUCUGGAGUAAAUCAGCGGUUGAUUGGCAGUCGCAUGUGUGAACUACUCCAUGACGCGUCAAAAUGGCUCCCCCGACACAUUUCUGACACAUCGCCGACGUGUGCCGAUAUCUAGCAUGCAAAAUAUCUGGAAAAGUCCGGCUCGACAUCUACAU